UGAUCCGAUUUUCGUAUAUAAAUCAAAAUGAGAUGCUAUGUAAAAGAGUUAUUAUAUUAUCGUUAUUAUGUAGAGUUUUGAUAUUUUAAUUUUAUAAAAUAUAUCAAAACAGUUUUUUAAUAAUACAUUAAUAUCUUAAUUGUUCGUAAAACCUUUACAAGGUUUGCAAUUGAAAUAAAACAUGGAAGAACAAAUAUUGGAAGAACGUCUGAGGAAAGCGGCCUGUAUUGGGGAUACAGAUGUAGUUCAGGAACUUGUCAAUUUAGGCGUUGAUGUUAACACGCGACACAGUGUUAACGGAUGGACACCAUUACAUUGGGCUUGUAAAAGAGGCUUUUUGGAUGUCGUUGCUUUACUUUUAAAGCAUGGUGCAGAUAAAAAUAUAAGGUCAGAAUGUGGAGAGACAGCAGUAUCUUUAUGCUCCAAUCAACAAAUUUUACAAUUAUUAAAUUCUGAUAUUCAACGUAAUACAAAUGGACCAAUGAUAAAUCAAUUUAUACCUAAAUAUAUAAAAAAUGUAACUACCAAUGUAGAUCCUGUACAGCAUUUAGGGAUGAAUCAUACUCGAUAUGAAUUGAAAAAUAAUAACCAUUUGCAAGAUGAAUUGGUAGUAAAAUUACGUAUUGCAAAUGCACCCGAUCCUGACUUUGUGGAGGUUGAACUACCUAUGAAUGAUCUAACAUAUCAGACAUUAAUACAGAUAUGUUGUGAAGAAUUUGGAUUAUGUUCACAUCAAAUUUUAAAGUUACGAAAGUUACCAAAUACGAAACUGAGGAAAGAUAAAGAUAUAAAACGACUUCAACAUUUUCAAGAAAUUGAAAUAAUAACAGAUCCAGCAAAUGUAUAUAAACAUGUGCAAUAUUCUAACAGCGUUCCUAAUAAUAUUUCAUCUACACCAGCUAAUGGAUAUCAAAGUAUUUCAAAUAAAGACCAAACUAUUUUAUAUUAAUUUCAUUUUCAAUCAAUUUAUUUUAAGGUUUAUGGAAAAUUAGAACAAAUAUUUUGUUUAUUGUUGUUUAAUUUCAAUAAGAAAUGGAGAUAUAAUAAUUAAACAUUAUGAAAAAAUAUUGACAAAUAUUCGCAUGUAUUUACAUUUAGUAAUAUAAUGAUUAAAAAAUUUGUUUUUAAAAUUAAUAAAUAAUAUUCUAAAAAACAAA